GGCCCGGGCCCGGGCAUCAUGUGAUCGCUCGCGGGCGCCAAGUGAUGACGCAGAGCGCGCGCGGGUCGUUUCAGCCACAGAAGAAGUGGGCUGAGGAAAGGAGUCGGGGUCUGGGCGUGCGACGUUCGGCUAGAUAUCACCGAGCUAGGUGGGACAGCCAGGUAACAAUUUCAAGAUGCCAGGACGGUCCAGUACAAGUUCAGGUUCUACCCGUUACAUAUCCUUCAGUGGCGUAGAGUCAGCUCUUUCCUCCUUAAAAAACUUCCAAUCCUGUAUCAGCUCUGGAAUGGACACAGUUUCUAGUGUUGCCUUGGACCUUGUGGAGACUCAAACUGAAGUGAGUAGUGAGCACAGUAUGGACAAGGCCAUGGUUGAGUUUGCUAAAAUGGAUCGAGAACUAAGCCAUUAUGUUAAGGCUGUCCAGUCUACAAUCAAUCAUGUAAAAGAAGAACGUCCAGAAAAAGUACCAGAUUUAAAAUUACUGGUAGAGAAGAAAUUUUUGGCUUUACAGGAUAAGAACUCUGAUGCCGACUUUAAAGAGAAUGAAAAGUUCGUGCAGUUCAAGCAACAGCUGAGGGAGCUGAAGAAGCAAUGAACUCGCAGGCUGUUUCCCACAGCGAGGGCGCCAUUUUACAUUUCCACCAGCAGUGUCUGAGGGUUCCAAUUGCUUCCCGUCCUUGCCGGCACUUGUCACUGCCUGUCUUCCUACUGUGGCCAUUGUAGUGGGUGUGGAGUGUGGCUCGUUGUUUUACCUUACACUUCUCUGAUGAAUUAAUGUUGUGCUGUUUAUAUUACUAACCUAGGCAGAAGUUUAAAUCUUAUACUUUCAUAUAGAAACCACUGCAUAUUACUGGAUUAACCAGUAAUUUUGAAGCAAAACCAUAGUUCUGUGCCAGAUAAAUGUUGUUCAUGAAGUUAUACUUGAAAAAAAAAACAUAAAGUAAAAUGACUUGGGAUGACGAUGACACACUCACCUGGGACAUUAGUUUUGCAGUAUGAAUUCAUCUGCAGUGUUCUUUAUCUGCACUACUAAAAUGCUGUUGUGUGACAUUUACUGGAUAAUCCAGACAGCACUUGACUAAAUCUACAGUGUGGUGUCACUGGGUAAACACUUGAGAAUGGAAAUGUGUAUCUCUUCUGGUUUUAUCAGUUGAGAUUAAAGGUGGUUUAUAGCACAGGAAACCUUUUCUGCACCACUCUGUAUCUCAGUGUGGGCCAAUAAUCUGUCACCUGAAACCACUUAAAAUAGGUUGGGCUUUCUUGACUGUCCUGUUGCUGUGAUGACAUCAGGAUCUGACUGCAGAGGGGAGAAAGAACACUUCUCUGACUUGUUUGCCUCCGUGUCCUUUGUCCCCAGUUAAAAGCACUGCCCUUCUUUAGCCCUUACCUCUGUCUGGUUCUCAGAUGUUUUCUACACCGUCUGUCUCUGUGCAGCUCCUCGUCUGCUCACAAUUGUUUCUGUCAAGGAAAGCUCUGUGUGCAGCUUGGAAGUGUGUGAGAUUCACCAGCUCUAGAUAUGUACAAAAUGAGGAGGGGCUGGUGGAGGAAAAAAGUAUCUCAAACCAAACUCCAAAGAUGCUUUUCCUAGAAGAGUCUCAGGACAGCUUUGAAAGCUCCCCAGGACAGAUAACUUCACAGGAGACCAGUGGUCCUCACUGGCACAGAGAGAGCCUCACCAGAGCUAAGCUUCCUGUGUGCUGUGCAUUCCUGACUGCAUGCAGCACUGUUUGCUGAGGGCCUGCAGGGGACCAAGGAGAAAAGAGAAAGAAAGAGUGGCUAUGGCUAGUUCCUCCCUUCUUAGUUUCUACCUCUGCCUUAUCUGCUCCUCAUCUUACUGUGGGCCUGUGGCUCGGCUGGGGAGUGGUUCCAAAGAAUAACUAGAUUGAUUGGCAGGACUUGAAUUCUGCCACCCCAGAGUAAUGGGAGGCAACAACCUCAGACCCUUAAGCUGGUUUAAGCCUUCGUGAGUUCUCUUUUGACACUUUUUGAAACACUGCUCUGGGUAAAGCAAGCACAUUGUGGCUACUAAAGAUCCUGGACGACUGGCUAACCCUGGACCACGUGCCUUCAGGACUGUUACAGAGGAACUAGAUAGGAAUCAUUGAUAGGUUAGUAGCCAUUGUGGUUUGGUUCUGAUUUUUAAAGUGACAGCAAGAUCAGUGAUGGCAAGUGCUUGUUGGACUGGACCGUUUGCUAAGAUUGUGCGAAUAGCUGUGCACAGGCUCCGGGCUCAUUUUUUUCCAUAGCCCUCUGACAUGACAGGGUCAACCUUCAAGUGAGCUGUAAUGAAACUUAGUGCAUCCCCGCCGUAUCCAGUGUGCCCUUAGCUUAACACUCAUCUAUCUGUGACCUGACAUAGUGAAUGUGGUGGGUCCCUGCUCCCACAAGUCCUAUGAGGAGUGGUGGGGAGGAGGUAUAGGAGUAGAGAGGGCUGUACAGCAAGAACUUACCCACAUUAGGAAGCCAGCUGACAGGUUUGGCUGUGGCCGAGCUUAUUUUCCAUUGGAUUCUGAGUUUCCUUGCAGCAGUUUUUACGGAAAGCUUCAAGCUCCUUGCCUUCACAUUCCCACACAGGAGGGGAUGAUGGCCGAGGAAAAGCGGAUUCAUUUGUUCCUGUAACAAAAGAGUCAAAUGUACUUCUGUGGAACAAAAAUGCAUUGGGAAUUUUGCUUGUUGUUUUCUAUUACGAAAUUGAAAUAAAAAAGGAAUGUUACCUGUA